GCAUCAUGAGCGGCCACGUUGGAGACCUCAGCCCCAAGCAGGCAGAGACCCUGGCCAAGUUCCGAGAAAAUGUCCAGGAUGUGCUACCUGCUCUUCCCAACCCUGAUGACUAUUUCCUUCUGCGCUGGCUCCGAGCGCGCAACUUCGACCUGCAGAAAUCAGAGGCCAUGCUCCGUAAGCACAUGGAGUUCCGUAAGACCAUGGACAUUGACAACAUCCGUGAUUGGCAGCCUCCAGAGGUGAUCCAGAAGUACAUGCCUGGGGGCUUAUGCGGCCAUGACCGGGAUGGCUGUCCUGUGUGGUACGACAUCAUUGGGCCAUUGGACCCCAAAGGGCUGCUCUUCUCUGCCACCAAGCAGGACCUGCUCAAGACCAAGAUGAGGGACUGCGAGCGCAUUCGGGAUGAAUGUGACCUGCAGACUGAGCGGCUGGGGAAGAAGAUUGAGACCAUCGUAAUGAUAUUUGACUGCGAAGGGCUGGGCUUGAAGCACUUCUGGAAACCUCUGGUGGAAGUGUACCAGGAGUUCUUUGGCCUCCUUGAAGAAAAUUAUCCAGAGACUCUGAAGUUUAUGCUCAUCGUGAAAGCCACCAAGUUGUUCCCUGUGGGCUAUAACCUCAUGAAGCCCUUCUUGAGUGAAGAUACCCGCAGGAAAAUCAUAGUGCUUGGAAAUAACUGGAAGGAAGGUUUGCUGAAACUCAUCAGUCCUGAGGAACUACCUGCCCAGUUUGGGGGAACCCUGACGGACCCAGAUGGGAACCCCAAAUGCUUAACCAUGAUCAACUAUGGCGGGGAGAUUCCCAAGUCUAUGUACGUUCGGGACCAGGUGAAGACUCAGUAUGAGCAUUCAGUGCAGAUCAACCGUGGCUCCACCCACCAAGUGGAGUAUGAGAUUCUGUUCCCAGGAUGUGUCCUCAGGUGGCAGUUCUCAUCAGAUGGGGCAGACAUUGGCUUUGGGGUCUUCCUGAAGACCAAGAUGGGUGAGCGGCAGCGGGCAGGUGAAAUGACAGAAGUGCUGUCCAGCCAGCGCUAUAACGCCCACAUGGUGCCCGAGGAUGGGAGUCUCACCUGCUCAGAAGCUGGCGUCUAUGUCCUGCGCUUCGACAACACCUAUAGCUUUGUUCAUGCCAAGAAGGUCAGCUUCACAGUGGAGGUGCUGCUCCCGGAUGAGGGCAUGCAGAAAUACGACAAGGAGCUCACUCCCGUCUAG